AUGAGCGACGAUGUGCGGAAGACGAGCGUGACCUCGGCUCACCACAGGAAGAGCGUUGGCGACAAUCAAGUGACAUCAGUCCUGACCAACAAUGAGGUUCCUGUGUUCGACCGAGAGUUGACUGCCGACGAGGAAGUGCUCGCCGCGCUUGGUUACAAGCCUGAGUUCAAACGCGAGUUUUCACUAUGGACGACAUUCUGUGUUUCCUUCGCAGUGCUGGGCCUGCUCCCGUCAUUCGCGAGUACACUGUGGUAUGGCAUGGGCUACUCUGGCACGCCUGGCAUGGUCUGGGGCUGGCUGAUUGCCAUGUUCUUCAUCCAGUGCGUCGCCAUGGGUAUGGCCGAGUUGUGCUCGUCGAUGCCCACGUCCGGAGGUCUCUACUACGCUGCCGCCGUCCUCGCUCCACCGGGGUGGGGCCCACUUGCUGCAUGGAUCACAGGCUGGUCAAACUGGUUCGUCCAAGUAACUGGCGCGCCUUCGGUGGACUACGCGCUGGCGUCGAUGAUUCUCGCCGCAGUCUCGAUCACGAACCCGGACUAUGUGCCUGAGAACUACCAGGUAUGGCUGCUGACGACGCUGAUCAUGAUCAUUCAUGCUUUCGUCUCAUCAAUGCCGACAAAGUUCAUUGCCCAAUUCAACUCGUAUGGCUCGACAUUCAACAUCAUCGCUCUGAUCAUUGUUAUCAUUAUCAUCCCAGCCAGCACUUCCAGGCCAGAUCAGGGCCUGCCGCGCUUCACCAAAAGCUCGACUGUCUGGGGCAACUUCUACGAGGGUACGGACUGGCCCAAUGGAAUCGCGGUGCUCAUGUCGUUCCUGUCUGUUAUUUGGACCAUGUCCGGAUAUGAUGCGCCGUUCCAUUUAGCAGAGGAAUGCUCAAAUGCCAACAUUGCGGCACCCAGGGCGAUUGUGCUCACAAGUGGCGUUGGUGGAAUUAUGGGAUGGUUCCUGCAGUUGGUCGCUGCCUACACUGUUAUUGACAUCGACGCGGUUCUCGAGGACCCAGUCGGCCAACCAUGGGCCGCCUACCUUCAACAAGUCCUGCCUCACAACACCGCCCUCGCCAUCCUCGGCAUGACCAUCGUGUGUGGCUUCUCGAUGGGACAAGGUUGCAUGGUCGCCGCCUCCCGAGUCACCUACGCGUACGCCCGCGACGAUGUCUUCCCUGGUUCCAAGUGGCUGAAGAUUGUCAACUCUCGGACCCGAACACCCGUCAACGCCGUCUGGUUCAACGCCUUCGUCGGCAUCCUACUGACCCUACUCCUCUUCGGCGGCGUGGCGAUCGACGCCAUCUUCAGCAUCGGCGCCAUUGCUGCGUUCGUGGCGUUCACGAUUCCGAUCACCAUCCGCACAUUCUUCGUUGGGGACAGGUUCCGUCGGGGACCGUGGCAUUUGGGCAAGUGGAGCUAUCCCAAUGGUGUACUGGCGACUUGCUUCACGGUGCUCAUGAUCCCAAUCAUGUGCUUUCCCAGUGUGACGGGUGCGGAUUUGGAUGCGGAGACGAUGAACUGGACGGCGCUUGUGUUUACUGGACCGAAGGUCAACAUUGAACAUAUGAUGCUUGGCCGAGAGGGAAAUCUUAUCGAUGGAACCGUGCAGCCGAAGGACGUAGUUGAUGGCAGGAGCAGUGAUGAGGAUGCAAGCAGUGGUACUGAUGGAGUCAAAGCUGCUGAGAAGGCAGGCAAGGUUGUCUGA